AUGGCCUUCACCAAGCUCCUGGAGCAGACAGGGGCUGGGGGCCUCUUCCAGGCCCUCCAGGCCCUCACCCUCCUCCUCUCCUCCAUCUGGAUGCCCUUCCUAAUGCUUGUGGAGAACUCCUCAGCAGCGGUCCCAGGCCACCGCUGCUGGGCCCCCCUGCUGGACAACGGCUCUGAGGUCCCCGCACACCUCACCCCGGAGGCCCUCCUGGCCGUCUCCAUCCCACCCGGCCUCAACCAGGAGCCCCACCCGUGUCUCCGCUUCCGCCAGCCACAGUGGCAGCUCCUGGACCCCAAUGCCACGGCCACCAACUGGAGCGAGGCUGCCACGGAGCCGUGUGUGGACGGCUGGGUCUAUGACUGCAGCGAAUUCACCUCCACUAUCGUGACUGAGUGGGGCCUGGUGUGUGCCCACCAGGGCCUGAAGCCCCUAGGCCAGUCCAUCUUCAUGGCCGGGACCAAAGCGGGGAGCAUUGUCCUGGGCCUCCUCUCCCACCGGUUAGGGCAGAAACCGAUACUGAGCUGGUGCUGCCUGCAGGUGGCCGUGGCCACCGCCAGCACUAUCGUCGCCCCCAAUUUCCUUGUCUACUGUGGCCUCCGAUGUUUGCGCUCUGUGGGAUGGUCUGGCCUCCUCCUGACCUCGACAAUGCUCACGGUGGGGUGGACCACGACCCGCAUGAGGGCUGUCACCGUGACGAUGAUGGCCUGUUCCUACGGCGUGGGCCAGAUGGCCCUCGGCGCCAUGGCCUUCGCCCUGCAGGACUGGCGACCCAUCCAGCUGGCUGUGGUGCCCUUCUUUGUCAUCUUCCUGAUAUCCUGGUGGCUGCCAGAAUCUGCUCGAUGGCUGAUUAUUAUGGGCAAACUGGAUCAAGCACUCCGGGAACUCAAAAAAGUGGCUGAGAUAAAUGGCCACCAGGAAGCCAAAAGGACACUGACCAUCGAGGUACUGACGUCCAACAUGGAGGAGGAGGUGGCCGCUGCCAAGUCCCGCCAUUCAGUGCUGGACCCAUUCCGCGAGCCCACGCUGCGCUGGAGAAUCUGCAGGUUGCUGGUGGUGAGGUACGCCACCCUCCCAUCCCCCCAGCCCCCAGGGAGCCUCCGGGGCAGACCCGCCACCGUGACCCCUCACCCAGAUUUGCAGGCCCUGCGCAUGGCCCUUGCUGUGCUGGGAAAGGCGUGUUUCGCCGUCAGCCUAACCUGCCUCAUGGUCUACAAGCCAGAACGCUUGCUGACUGUGCUGCGGAUGACGGCAGAUGGCUUCCUGCAUUCGGCGAGUCGGCUGGGGUCUGUGAUGAGCCCCCUGAUCAGGAUGACACACCAGGUCCUGCCCCUGCUGCCCUUCCUUGCCUAUGGCAUCCUCCCCACCGUCGCCAGCCUCAUUGUCCUCUUCCUCCCGGAGACCCAGGGACUUCCUCCCGACACCAUCCAGGACCUGGAGAACCAGAGGUCAGCAGCAGCCAGGGGUGGCCGGCGAGAGGUGAUCAUUACAGAAAGCACCCGGUUCUAG